CAUCCACCUCACAACCACGAAGGAAAUCCCCAACAACUCACCAUGAUCGAAGUAAUCUGCAACGACCGCCUCGGCAAAAAAGUGCGCGUAAAAUGCGAACCGAAUGAUACGAUCGGUGACUUUAAAAGGUUGGUGGCGGCGCAGAUAGGGACUUCGGCGGAGAAGAUUGUGCUCAAGAAGUGGUACAACACGUUUAAGGAUCACAUCACCCUGGCCGAUUACGAGAUUAGCAAUGGGACUUCUUUGGAGAUGUAUUACAGUUGAGCCGGUGGGAUAACAUGUUUUUGUUUGCUUGCUCGCUGGUUUGUUCGUUGGAUCCUCGGAUUGGUGGGGGGAUAUUUGCUUUGCGGAGGGUUUUGAUAGAUUGAUGGUGGCGAUUACGGGGCCACUUUGCUUGCCUCUUCCUUUUUUUAUAUAAUUUGAGUUCGUACCAGUUAAAAUCUGAACAUGGGACACUUUUUGUUGUAAGCGGGAAAACUUAUUGACCUUAAAGAAAAUUUGAGAUAUCAUACGACUA